AUGGGACAGCGUGGGAUGUCCAAAGAGCUGUUCACUCAGCUGGCACGGAGCUCGGCUUGUCCGAACGAGGUCCUAGACAGCCCCGCGCUGCUGGUGCUGGCGCCCGACUCGAUGGAGUUUGCCACCGCCCGCGAGAUCAACGAGAAGUUCUGCACCCAAAUGGAGGUUGUGCACGGGAAAGGAAGCCACUACAACAUGAUGCAG